AUGUCAACAACCUUACAGCUAAGACAGCUCUUGGAGCAAUCGCGAAACCUUGCUAACAGUGUUUCUGCGAAAAAGGAUUUACCACCCAUAGAACGAAAUCUAGAAGAAAUAGAAACCCAGUCGCGUAAAUUUGCAAGUAAAGUAACUAGACCAGGAGAGCAACCAGAGAAAAAAGCACCCUUUUUUCUGGCAAAAUGGGGAAUCGAUGGGGAGAAACUAGAAAAUGCUGUACGCAGCAUCAAUGUCUUGGGUGCUUUUGAACCGCGUGAACUUGUUUCAGAAACAGAUAUAUCGAGUUAUGCUGAAUACAAAUAUAGGAGCACGGUAUCGAGUAUAAUAGAAGAUGGUCAUAACCAGACUAUCAAAGACUACUACAAUGAUUUUGAAAAAUCGCUUAACCUUGACUGGGAAAAAACAAAAAACAAAAUAUUCGAGGAACUUGGCCAAUACAAACUACCCGUAAACACUCCAAGCACAACGGGUGAUCAAAGCAGAAGAUAUAGUGGUACUAGUGCUACUCGAACACCAUCAAGAGCCGCGCCUUCUACUCCUAGUCGAAUGUUGACAGUAUCGGAAACUCCAUUCAGAACCGGAGCUGGAGUUAGUUACCCCAAUACACCAGCAGGAAUGAGAUCUCUUGGUACUCCAUGGACAGCCACUAGACAUCCAACGACUCCGAGAUCUGAAGCAGCUACCCUUUUUAGUGCAAAAAUGACUCAUUAUGCAGAGGUUGUAUUAAGAUUAAAUGAAAGUCGACUACACAAUGAGGAUUUCGGUGUUAUAAAUUCUUUUCUAAAUGCUGCCAAGAAAAUUAAUUCAGAUCGAUCGAACAAAUUAAUAAUUGAAUGUUGGCGAGCAUUUGCUCAAAUCGUCGGCGAGGAAAAUGUGCUGGAUGGCCAUUUCCAACGAAAUCCAUUAAAAGAAUUACAAUACUUUAAUUUAUAUCAAAAUCAACAAGGAACAAGUUUUUAUGAAUUGCAACGAAGAUUGUUAAACGGCGCCCGACAAUAUUUAGAGGAUCAGUACAAUAAAUGGGUUGACGAUUACAUUGCCAGUCAUCGAAAAGAAGCUCAGAUGGGAGGAAUACCGUUGCCUAGGAACAAAGCAGAGGCUUUCAUGCGCGCCUUUCAUCGACCAAAUGGAGGGAAACCAAUGGACAACUUGGAAGUAUGUAGUACUCUCUGCGGUAAUCUAACUGAAGCUUUGGCGGUAGCACGUGAUUAUGAACGCCAUUUACAUAGAAAUGACAAGACAUUUAUAACAUAUUUUGCCGAAUACUUGCAAAAAAAUAGAAGACUUCCACGAGAACAAAGAGAACAACUUGUAGCGGAAAUAAAGCAACGCGUCAAGCUUUCUGCUAAACAUCCUCAAGAUUAUUACAAGCUGACUAUGUAUCAUAUUUUGGCUCAAUUACCUCUGACCACUAUACCCAAUACUGCAAUUCCUUCGACAGAAGAUUAUCUCUGGUUUAACUUGAUGAUAGUUCAGCAUGAAAAGGAGGUCGGUGGAAUAGGAAAUGAAUCGCUAACUAUCGGCAAUUUUCAAAAACAUAUUAUACAAUUCGGUCCGAACACAUACACCUCUGAUGGUAAAGACCCAGUACAAUAUUUCAGGGCGUUAUUAAUAUCCGCGCAGUUUGAAAGAGCUGUCGACUAUCUGAAUAAAACCGAUUUUUCGGUAGAAGCUGUGCAUUUUGGCAUUGCGCUUGCUUACUAUGGUCUUCUGCGAGUGCCAGAAAAUCAAGACGCUAUGGCGACGCUUCUCGAGAAUGGUGAUGGAAUUAACGCCUACCUAAACUUCAAUGGCCUUAUCCAUCAUUAUGUGGAGCGAUUCUAUUCGUUGCGACAAAAACUUGCGGUCCACUAUUACUCUUUCUUAUAUUUAUACGGACAUGAACAAACGGAGGCAGCACGCAACCAAGUAGAAUUAAGUAAUGCGUAUAUACGCAAACUUGUAUAUGACACAAGAAACUUUGAAGAAUUGUUGGGCAAUCCUCGAAAGAAUUUGGCAAGUAUAGGUGAAAUACCCGAGAAUUUACCAUUACUGCAUAUUCAUAACGAUGCGGAGUUCAAAGCAAAAAUAAUAGCACCAUUAGGCAGACAAUUUGAACUUGAUCAUAAAUAUAAACAAGCGUUAGAGCUAUUUGAACUGGCUGAGGAAUACAGCUUCGCCAUUUCAGUAUUGAACAAGAUGCUCGGUGAAUAUAUCUGGAUUUAUACUCAUCAACAAGCUUCAGUCGAGAGUGACGAAGAACUAGAUCCACAAUAUGUACAGCAAAAGUUCACCCAGUAUAUACAAGAGCGGCUCUUGAAUCGUUGCUCAACGAUGCUUAUUAGAGACUGCGAAUUACUGUUGGAUUUGACAGAGUUCGUAAAGUUUUAUAAUCAAAAAGAUUAUGUGAGAGCGCUUGAGUUAAUUGAAAGAAUGAACAUCGUACCACUCGAAGCUGAUAUGGCUGAAAUGGCAAAACGAAAUCAAGAAUUAUCUGGAAAAAGCGAGGAAAUACGGCGAAAUUAUCCUGCGAUAAUGUUGCUCACUAUGGAAUGCUUGUAUGAGUGUCACCAACAACUGAAAACACGACCUUCGCCUGGUCCGUUUGAUACUGAUUCUUUUAGCAAAAUGCAUGAACUUCAAAGAAAAGCCCGAAAUAUCAUGCAAUUUGUUGGGUUUGUAAAGAAUAGUUUACCAUCUGACAUCUAUAACAGACUGGCACAUUUCGAAGUUCUUAUGCGAUGA